AGUACUAUACAUAUAGAAGAUUAUUCUUGAGAUUGAAAAAGAAAAAUAUAAUCAUGUCUAGUCCAAAAACUCGAAAUUAAAUGUCAUUUUCUUAUAAAAUAAAAAAUCCUAAGAACAUAAUUUGAUUCACUAUAAAAAUUCUGCGAACCAAAUUAGAAAAAGCUAGGAAAAUGAGUACACGCGUCAAGUUUUAAUUGGUCAUGCUCAAACGAAAACCCUACUCCCACUAUAGUAGCUCUGAGAAAACCCCUUCACAGCAUCUUCUCUUCUUCAGCCACAAUUAGCCGCGGCCUCACUUUAUCAGUAAAGCUCCACCUAGUCGGCGGCCGGAACCAUGGGUAUCGAUUUGAAAGCGGGAGGCAAAAGCAAGAAGACAAAGCGUACUGCUCCUAAGUCCGAGGAUGUCUACCUUAAGCUCCUCGUCAAGGUGCGCUGUUUUAUUUUUUAUAUUUUCUUUUUCAUUUUUAUUUUUUAAUAUGUACUUGAUAUUCUUUCAAUUCCUAGCUGUUAAAGAAGAAUUUCAUGUUCUGCCUUAUCAGUGAGUGUAAUGAUAUAAAUUAAGGCAGAGUUUUGAGUUGAGAAUUAGUGUGGAUUGAGUUUGAUUUUGUGCUUUAGGAUGUACCUUGUCGUAGAGAUUUUAAGGAUUUGAAGAAUAUAGGUUGUUUGAAAGACUUGAUUUUGUGAUGAUGCGCAUGAACUUGAGUGAUGGGUGAUCAUAGGUUGGUUUAUUUGAACUGAUAUGUUGUGGGGUUUUUGGGAUUUUACAGUUGUAUCGGUUUUUGUCAAGGAGGACCGAGAGCAAGUUUAAUGCGGUGAUACUGAAGAGGCUGUUCAUGAGCAAGAUCAAUAAGCCUCCUAUGUCUCUUUCCAGGCUUGUUAGCUACAUGAAAGGAAAGGAGGACAAAAUUGCCGUGCUUGUAGGAACAGUGACUAAUGAUAACAGAGCUUAUGAAGUGCCGAAAUUGACAGUCGCUGCUCUGAGGUUCACGGAACAAGCAAGAACAAGGAUUGAGAAUGCUGGAGGAGAGUGUUUGACUUUUGAUCAGUUGGCUCUUAGGGCUCCCCUCGGUCAGAGCACGGUGCUCCUAAGAGGUCCAAAGAAUGCUCGUGAGGCGGUCAAGCAUUUUGGACCAGCUCCUGGUGUACCACAUAGUCACACCAAACCAUAUCUUAGGUCCAAGGGUAGGAAAUUUGAGAGAGCUAGAGGAAGAAGGAAUAGCCGUGGCUUUAGAGUUUGAGUCGGAACAUUUUCAUAGUUUGGUGCUUCUUCUCUGUGCCCAUACAACAAUUUCUUUUGGAGACAAAAACUACAUUGAGUCAACAAUUUUGUCAGGGUUAUUUGAAUGCGGAAUCAGAUUAAUUCUUAUGGUUUAGCUUUAUUAUUAUUAUCUAAUCAUAAUUUCAGAACACAUUUCCGUUUUUCUAGUUUCUGUUAUCCGAAUGUGAUAUUCUGUCGUGUGGGAGUGGAUGAUGUGUCUCGAAUUCUUUGCAUAAGCUGUGUGAUGUGUUGUUGAAAUGGAAUGGUUGCUAAUAAGGAGC